CAAUGUCCUCACCAUCACCAUGGCUGUGCCUUGCAGAACUGUGCUCAGUAGCAACAUCCACUGUGACAUGUGUCCAGUGUCGCAGUGCGAAAGCAGUGAGAUGAUCACCAGUCAAGGCAUGUCUGUGGUUGGUUGGUACCAUUCUCAUCCCAACUUUGACCCGUCCCCGUCCGACACCGAUGUCGACACUCAGAACACGCUGCAGUCGUGGUUCAAGGACAGCGGUCAGCCCUUCGUAGGCCUCAUCAUCUCACCGUACUUCCCCUCCCAUGAUGUCUCUUUCUACAGGUGUUGCCUAGUAGAAACAGAGGGCAAGGGACCUGUGCCUUAUCAGCUGGAAGUGAAGCUUAUCAAUUUAUACAGCAACAACGGAAUGCCUUUGAAACACAUACAGCCUAUUGAGACAGCGUUCAAGACUUUGCAGACAUUCGAGCCCAUCCGACAGCUCAAUGUGUACAAGUGCUUGGAAAGUGCAAAGCAUCAUCUAAGAAAAGCUGCCCCCAAAGUGGAGGAGGAAAAAGUCUCUCAGAUUGUGAAAGAAAUCAGAGACUGUAUAAAGGAAGGAUUUCUGUCAUUAGUGAAGAAAAAAUGACAGGGGAAAGAGAAAUUGAAUAUCUUCCAUUUGUACAUUUUGUACAUGACACUUACUUUUGACCCACAAUGGGUUACCUGUAGUAUUUGUAUGAUACUAAUUACGACAGAGGUACAAUAUUUUCAGCUUUAAAUGGUAGACAAAGUGAAUAGUGACUAUAGUCACAUAUACAACUCAGUGAAUUUGUUAUUUCAUAAAGGAUUACUUAUUUAUUUAGUUGAUUUAUUUGUUUAGGAUACAAAGCUGAUUUAUUCAAGUCAAAAUCAGGCUAAACAUUCAGAAUCUACAAGAUGAGGAUAAUAUUUAUAGCUAGUCCAGCAUCUAAGGGGUUAUUUUGACACUAAAUAAGCCUUCUGGGUACGUUCAUUAGAGUUCAACAGCCAAUGUUUACCUGUUUUCUAAAACAGCCCUUUGGACUCGCAAUGUUUAGUAAGAUAUUUACUGAUUGAACGGCUAUUUUUCGGACGGUGUUCACUAAUCAGGGCAGCUGAUGUUCAUAGGUUCAAAUAAUUAAUUUGAAAAACAGCAAAGAAUUUGUUUAAAAAUAUUUCUUUAAACACACAA